AUGAUAGUGGUGGUGGUGGUGGUGGUGAUGAUGAUAGUGGUGAUGGUGGUGAUGAUUAUAGUGGUGGUGGUGGUGGUGGUGAUGAUUAUAGUGGUGGUGGUGAUGAUGAUAGUGGUGGUGAUGAUGAUAGGGUGAUAGUGGUGAUGAUGAUAGUGGUGGUGAUGAUGAUGAUAGUGGUGGUGAUGAUGAUGAUAGUGGUGGUGAUGAUGAUGAUAGUGGUGGUGAUGAUGAUGAUAGUGGUGAUGGUGGUGAUGAUGAUAGUGGUGGUGGUGGUGAUGAUGAUAGUGGUGGUGGUGAUGAUGAUAGUGGUGAUGGAUUUCUCUCCUAAACAUCUGAAAGGAUUUUACAUACUGUGGGGCAUCACAGGAUGACAAUGACCUAACCCUAACCCUUACCAGCUCCUCAACCCCCCACCCUCAAUCAUCCCCCUUCCUCACCUCACCCCCCAGCUCACUUUGACAGGGCCCCUGUUAUUCUAUACCCAGACAUAACAACUGGUCUCUUUCUCUCUCUGUCUCUCUGUCUCUCUCUCUCUCUCUCUCUCUCUUCUCAAUUCAAUUCAAUUCAAUUCAAUUCAAUAGACUUUAUUGACAUGGCAAGUAAAAUUACUUACAUUGUCAAAGUAUACAUAUAACAAAAAUGGUGGGACCAACAGCAAUAAUAAUAGUAGUAGUGGAAAUGGGAUUACCAUUAGCAGCAACUACAACAACAAUAUUAAUGAGAAUAACAAUACAUUAAAGCAAUAGUAGUCGACCAAUCUCAACAUGACUGAGAAGACACAUUACAUGCUAUGAAAGCCAAAACAAAACAGGAAAUAUUAUUGACAUUACAUUACACUUUUCACUGGCUGUCCCUCAGGUUGUGGCAGGAGGACACAUAUUUGGCUGCCAAAAUUGCACAUUUUGGCUUUUUCUUCCUCAUUUAUAGUUUCAAAUUCUUUGUACUGAAUGAUAAUUUUGGGAAAGAAAGAUUCUCUUAGGUCUGAGUAUUUGUCACAGUGUAAUAGGAAAUGCAGCUCUGUCUCUACCUCUCCCCGGGGGCAGAGUGAGCACAGCCUGUCCUCUCUGGGCAGCCAGGUUUGCCUGUGACGGCCGGUCUCUAUAGCCAGACUGUGCUCACUGAGUCUGUACCUAGUCAGUGUUUUUCUCAGUUUUCUAUCAGUCACAGUGGUCAGAUAGUCUGCCACCAUGUACUGUCUGUUUAGAGCCAAAUAGCAUUGAAGUUUACUUUGAUUUUUUGUGGUGUCUUUCCAAUAGGUGAUAUAUUUUUAUUUUUGCUUUGUGAUGAUUUGGUUGGGCCAGAUUUUCUGAGUGCUGUCCUGAGGCUCUAUGAGGUUGGUUUUGGUUAGUGAACUGAGCCUCAGAACUAGCUGGCUGAGGGGACUCUUCUCUUGUUUCAUCUCUUGACAUAGUAGAGCUGUGUGAUGGAAUGUUUUGGGGUCACUUGUUUUUAGAUGGUUGUAAAAUUUGAUGGCUCUUUUUUCUAUUCGAAUAAGGAGGAGGUAUUGGCCCAAUUCUGCUCUACAUGCGUUAUUUUGAGUUUUUCUUUGCACUUGCAAUACAGUCUUGCAAAACUCUGCAUGCAGUAUUUCGAUUGGAUGUUUGUCCCAUUUGGUAAAUUCAGUAUUAGAGAGCGGACCCCAUACUUCGCUGCCAUAUAGAGCAAUUGGUUCUAUAACUGAUUGGAAAAUUUUGAGCCAGAUUCUAAUUGGAAUUUCGAUUUUAAUAUUCCUUUUAAUGGCAUAGAAUGCUCUUCUUGCUUUGUCUUUCAGCUCAUUCACAGCCAUUUGAAAGCUACCUGUGUUGCUGAUAUUUAGUCCUAGAUAUGUGUAAUUUUUGGUGUGUUCUAAUAGAACUGUGUCCAAAUAGAAUUUAUAUUUGUCAUCCUGAUUUCCUGACCUUUUUUGGAAUAUCGUUAUAUUCGGUUUUUUUAGAUUAACGGUCAGGGCCCACGUCUGACAUAAUCUGUGCAGAUGAUCUAGAUGCUGCUGUAACCCCUCCUUAGUGGGAGACAGUAGCACCAGGUCAUCUGCGUACAGCAGACACUUGAUUUCAGUGUUGUCUCUCUCUCUCUCUCUCUCUCUCUCUCUCUCUCUCUCUCUCUCUCUCUCUCUUCUCUCUCUCUCUCUCUCUCUCUCUCUCUCUCUCUCUUCACUGUCACUGUCUCUUUCUCUCUGUCUCUCUCUCUUUCUCUCUAUCUCUUUCUCUGUCUCUCUCUCUGUCUGUCUCUCUCUCUCUAUCUCUUUCUCUGUCUCUCUCUCUCUCUGUCUGUCUGUCUGUCUGUCUCUCUCUCUCUCUCUCUCUCUCUCUCUCUCUCUCUCUCUCUCUCUCUCUCUCUCUCUCACUGUCACUCUGUCUCUUUCUCUCUGUCUCUCUCUCUCUCUCUCUUUCCUUUCCUCAGAAUAACACAGCCACCGCUCUGAUUAGUUAUGGAAAAACAUCUGUUAUGAACUAAACCAUCCUCUCAGUGCUGUUGAGUUUUGGAGGCAUUAUUGUGAAGCACAGAGCCUCUGCCUUCCCCUUACAACCUUGGCUGAGAGAAAGCUUAAGCGGUUGUAUUUGUUGUCCUCACCGUAGAAAUGAUUAACUGUUUUCAUUAUCAACAUUGGAGUCGCCUGGCUACACAGCCACAGAGCACCGGCCAAACGCCACGCCCACUAACAUUUUUUCUCCAACAUGAGUCUGGAUUUGAUCUACUCCCAAUCGUUCUGAUUGGUCCCAGAAACCAGAGCUGGCCUACACAAAUCUUUGGUUCAUGUAAUUUUGACAUUAGCACAAAUGACUUCUAGGAUGUUAGGUUCAGACUGAUGUGUGGUGCGACCGACAGAGCAGCGGAAUGAAAUACAGGAUUAGUCGUCUGGCAGACAUUGAAGUAGCAACGUUUCUUAAAAUAGGAAGGGAUGACUCAAUGAAAGAAGAUGGAAACAUUCAAUGAUUACGAGCUUGUGUUUUUCUCUGUGAAAUGUACAUGUAUGACAAGUUAUGUAGAUGGAAAUGUAUUCUCAUGUUAUGUGUGUGUGUGCGCACGUGCGUGCAUGCAUGUGUGUCCUCAGACAGGGGAGUACGCCACUGAUGAUGAGGAGGAGGAGGCAGGGCCAGCUGCGGACAGGGGCGGGGACGGGGAGGGCGAUGGCGAGAAGAGCAUUGAGGUGUUCGAUUUGCCAGAAACGGAUGACAUCAUUUCCCCCUCAGAGUUGGAUGCCACCAAACUCUACCAGAAGUUCAGAGAGGUCACUUCACAUCCUCUUUCCUUAUUUCCUUUAACCACUCUAAAAAAAGACAGAAGUUCCAAUAAACACGUCUUACUAUAAAUGUAUUUUCCUCGCAUUAAUGUCACUAAUACUGUUGCCCAGCACUUUGAACUCUUUCUUGGUCCUGAUUGCAGCAAAGUCAAAGAUUAAGAAAUGACUGAAAUAAAGUAUUAGGCCGUUACUUUCUUCUAGAACCCUUUUUCCUUUUUAAAGUACCCAGUAUUUAGCUGUUAUGUUAAUAAUAAUAAGCCAUUUAGCAGAUGCUUUUAUCCAAAGCGACUUACAGUCAUGCGUGCAUACAUUUUUUGUGUAUGGGUGGUCCCAGGGAUCGAACCCACUACCUUGGCGUUAUAAGCGCCGUGCUCUACCAGCUGAGCUACAGAGGACCCUUUUUCCUUUUUAUAGUAGCCAAUAUUUGGCCGUUACUUUCUUCUAGAACCCUUUUUCCUUUUUAAAGUAGCCAACCUGCAAGUAAUAUUGAUUAAAAAGCCUUACUACCACUGCUGGCCCCAGAACAUUUUGUCCCUCACUCCACACUUGUGUGACACACUUAACAAAUUGCUCAAGCUGCACUGCGGUGUUCUGGAUAUUGAGUGAUAAAUCAUGUAAUCUCUACUGUCCCAAGACCUCUAAACUCUCUCUCUCCCCUUCCUCUCUCUUUCUCUCUCUCUUUACUUCUCUCUUUCUACUGUAUGUCCUUCCUCUCUCUUUCUCUUUCUGUCAUUCAAUCUCCACUUUUCUCUCUGCCUAUUAACUCCCACGCUACUUUCUGGCUUUCUCUCUCUCCCUCUCACUUUCAGUGGUAGAGAGUGAUAUGGCUCUUCCUAGUGCUGUGUGUGUGUGUGUGUGUCUGUAUGUGUCUGUGUGUGUCUGUGUGUCUGUGUCUGUGUCUGUGUCUGUGUCUGUGUCUGUCUGUGUCUGUGUGUGUCUGUGUGUCUGUGUGUCUGUGUCUGUGUGUGUCUGUGUGUGUCUGUGUCUGCAUGGGGCUUGUCCAGCACAGAGGCUGCUCAGCCAAGCGUUUGAUCAUCUUCUCCACCUCCUCCCUUUCUGCUCCCUCAGCUGCAGAUCAAGCACACUGUCACCGAAGCAGAGAUACAGAAGCUCAAAAACAAGGUAAGAAAGAUCCCCUGCUGUCAUCUCUAAGAAUGGUAUCAAAUAAAUAUACAAAGUACAAUAAAAGCAUGAGGAAUAGACAUAUGUUUGGAAAAAGGACGUCAUUGGACAGUGCAGUGCAUAAUAGUUUCUAUUUCAAGUUAUUUCUGAAUAUUUAAGGCAAUUACAUGUAUAUUUCAGAAGUUUAGCUCCGCUGCACGGCUGAGUUGCCUCUCUUGCAGUUUCGUGUCGCAGGUGUCCAGGUGGUGAGUGAGCCAGUGGUUAAGUGAGAGUGACAUGCAAGCAGGCAGAGACACAAGAGCUUUUUAAAAGUGUCAGGUUUAUCCCCUGCAUCCUUAUGAGGACAGCUUAGAUCAAACUGCAGGAAAUUAUCUAAAAGCUUAGUAGAUAUUAACUGAAUUCAAUGACUGGAUUUAGUGAAAUUGAAAGAUAAGCUUGUCGGUGUAAUACUCUGAGCAUGAGCUGCUCUGGUGGUCCUUGGGAGAGUGUUGCUUCAGAAGUUUGCCCUGAGGAGUAGAAGGAUGUAAUACAAUAACAACGUUUGGAAGGAGGUUGCUAUGCAAGAGUUUCUCUUUGUUGUGAAGGCUGGUUAGUGACCCGUAAGUUAAGAAGGUGUUCAUCUCAUAGCAUAGUCUCAUACCAUAGUGUGUGUAGUCAGCCAGUCGGUCAGCCAGUCGGUCAGUCAGCCGGUCGGUCAGUCAGUCGGUCAGUCAGCCAGUCGGUCAGCCAGUCGGUCAGCCAGUCCAGUCGGUCAGCCAGUCGGUCAGUCAGCCAGUCAGUCAGCCAGUCGGUCAGUCAGUCGGUCAGUCAGCCAGUCGGUCAGCCAGUCGGUCAGCCAGUCAGUCAGUCAGUCAGUCGGCUUAGACAUGGGAGUAUUUGGGAAUCUGUCGAUACUGUGUUUGUGUUCCACUGUUUGUCUUUCAUUACAUAUCUAAUGGUGGGCGUACACUAUUAUACAAUUCUGCCUAACCAUGUUUGUGUGCAUGGUGUACGUGUGUGUGUGUGUUUGUGUGUGUGUGUGUUGUGUGUGUGUGUGUUUGUGCAAGCGUGCACACAAAUGCUUCUGUGUAUUUAAUGUAUACUAACUAAGUGUGUGAUAGUGUGUGAUAGUGUGUGUGUGUGCGUGCAUGCGUGUGUGUGCGUGUGUGUGUGUGCUGCCAUGCUAAUGUGUUUAUUUGUGUUCAGUAUCUGAGUGUCUGUGUGCUUGUCUACCCCAGCUUGCAGCGGUGGACAGGGAGAAGGCACGCUGGGAGAAGGAGAAGAGCCAGCUGAAGGCCAGCAUGGAGGAGAACAAGGAGAGGAUGCUGAAGCUGGAGAGUUACUGGAUCGAGGCCCAGACCCUGUGCCACACGGUCAACGAGCACCUGAAGACGUGCUUGGUCUAGCAGAACUGCCACACACCAGAUGUUGCUACUGGUUAAUCAGUAGUGCACACUCCAGACCUGUGCCUGGCUAAUCGUAACGAGCACCUCCAGGAUGUGCUCGUGUCAAUCAUAACACCACCACUCAGAUGUGCGGUAUAGAGAACUAGCCAACUCAAUGUGCCGGUAGCAGAACUAGCACCAUCAGAUCUGUGCUCUGGUCAGUCAGUAAUGCAACAGUCCAGAUCUGUGCUUGGCUAGUCAUAACUAGUCCACACACUCCAGAUCUGUUGCUCUGGUCUAGUCAGUAACUAGCCACACACUCCAGAUCUGUUGCUCUGGUCUAGUCAGUAACUAGCCCACACUCCAGAUCUGUUGCUCUGGUCUAGUCAGUAACUAGCCACACACUCCAGAUUGUUGCUCUGGUCAUAGUCAGUAACUAGCCCACACUCCAGAUCUGUUGCUCUGGUCUAGUCAGUAAACUAGCCACACACUCCAGAUGUGUUGCUCUGGUCUAGUCAGUAACUAGCCACACACUCCAGAUCUGUUGCUCUGGUCUAGUCAGUAACUAGCCACACACUCCAGAUCUGUUGCUCUGGUCUAGUCAGUAACUAGCCACACACUCCAGAUCUGUUGCUCUGGUCUAGUCAGUAACUAGCCACACACUCCAGAUCUGUUGCUCUGGUCUAGUCAGUAACUAGUCGCACCAACUCCAGAUCUGUUGCUCUGGUCUAGUCAGUAAACUAGCCGCACACUCCAGAUCUGUUGCUCUGGUCUAGUCAGUAACUAGCCACACACUCCAGAUCUGUUGCUCUGGUCUAGUCAGUAACUAGCCACACACUCCAGAUCUGUUGCUCUGGUCUAGUCAGUAACUAGCCACACACUCCAGAUCUGUUGCUCUGGUCUAGUCAGUAACUAGCCGCACACUCCAGAUCUGUUGCUCUGGUCUAGUCAGUAACUAGCCGCACACUCCAGAUCUGUUGCUCUGGUCUAGUCAGUAACUAGCCACACACUCCAGAUCUGUUGCUCUGGUCUAGUCAGUAACUAGCCACACACCCCAGAUGUGUUGCUCUGGUCUAGUCAGUAACUAGCCACACACUCCAGAUCUGUUGCUCUGGUCUAGUCAGUAACUAGCCACACACUCCAGAUCUGUUGCUCUGGUCUAGUCAGUAACUAGCCACACACUCCAGAUGUGUUGCUCUGGUCUAGUCAGUAACUAGCCACACACUCCAGAUCUGUUGCUCUGGUCUAGUCAGUAACUAGCCGCACACUCCAGAUGUGUCUGUGUUAUCUGUUGCCAUUAGAGUAAAAUGGGUUGUUUAUGACUGAAAACCUGAACAAUUACAACAUUAUUCAGUCCACUUUGGUUUAUAUGGACAAAAUCGUAUCGUAGCUACUGUAUGUUAUUUAAGAUUCAAAUCCAAAUUUAGAGGCCAUUUCAAAUUGCAGCUUAUUUUAGGUAAUACACAGCUGUUAUUCAAACCCUGUUAUUUUCCUACAGUAUAUGUAUCAAACUUUUCCACCCAUUAAUCUGGAGGACAUUUUAACCAAGUGGCACUUAGUUGAAUCAUCUCUUUAGAGAGCGAGAGAGCUGUGUUGACUUCCUAUGCAGCUCUCGUCCACACCGCAGCCUCUCUCUCAGAACAGUGAGUUGAUCUAUAUGGUCGUUCCCAUCAGAAGCGCUUUGCCACUCUCCGCUCUGACUUCCUUUAAUUGCCUUUGUCCUUGAAACAAACUCUCCCUCCAUUUUAACAGCAGCAAUGUUGAACAGGCCAGAACAAGACAGGCAGAUAAUUUCACCAAGUGGAUGUAGUGAGCACAAGGAAUUGCAAAUGUCUCAAGAGCCAAUGUCUGUGUGUCUGUCUGUCCGUGUUGGGUUUGUUAUGGUUGUCUGUCUGUGUGAGUGUGCGUGCAAGGGAGCCUUGCGUCCUUCAGCCCUGCGUCCUUCAGCCCUGUGUCCUUCAGCCUUGUAAGAGAGAGGCAGGACUGUGUCAUGCUGUCUCUGUGACUUUACUUCACUGAGCUCUUAUCCUCCCUGGGAUAUUCUCCUUUUACCAUUUUUACAUGUUCUCAUAGACACACACACAGAAAUGCGCACACACAUAUGCGCGCGCACACACACACACACACUAUACCCUUUCCCUUGUACACUCCUGUUAAAGGAGACAACACAGAAAGGAGCUCUACAUAUCCCGUCACAUUCACACAUUCCUGUCCUCACCCCUGUGAGAGGAACGGUCCCUACUCCCCAACUCCCCAACCACCUAACACUCCAUCUCUGUCCUCACCCCUGUGAGAGGAACGGUCCCAACUCCCCAACCACCUAACACUCCGUCUCUGUCCUCACCCCUGUGAGAAGAACGGUCCCCACUCCCCAACCACCUAACACUCCGUCUCUGUCCUCACCCCUGUGAGAGGAACGGUCCCAACUCCCCAACCACCUAACACUCCGUCUCUGUCCUCACCCCUGUGAGAAGAACGGUCCCCACUCCCCAACCACCUAACACUCCGUCUCUGUCCUCACCCCUGUGAGAGGAACGGUCCCAACUCCCCAACCACCUAACACUCCGUCUCUGUCCUCACCCCUGUGAGAAGAACGGUCCCAACUCCCCAACCACCUAACACUCCGUCUCUGUCCUCACCCCUGUGAGAGGAACGGUCCCAACUCCCCAACCACCUAACACUCCGUCUCUGUCCUCACCCCUGUGAGAGGAACGGUCCCAACUCCCCAACCACCUAACACUCCGUCUCUGUCCUCACCCCUGUGAGAGGAACGGUCCCCACUCCCCAACCACCUAACACUUCUGUCCUUGUCCUCACCCCUGUCAGAUGAGCUGUCCCCAACCAUCCAAACACCUUACACGCUGUCCCUGUCCUUACACCGAACACUCUACCUAUCCUCACCUCUGUCAGAGGGCCUCGGACGUACCCUUCUAACCUCCAUCUCCUCCUCUCUCUCUGUUUCUUCCAGGGAGGUGGAGUUUGUCCAGAAGGAGGAUGCAGAGAGGAAGAGGCUGGAGGAUGCAGAGAAGUCCCACCUGGAAGAGAUCCAGGGACUGCAAGUCAGGGUAAUAUGCUCUCUCAAUGGCCUUCCUCUAUGGUCAUCUAAUCUAUGCUGCUGAGUACAUCCAGGUGUAGAGUGAAAUUGAUCUUGGGUCAGUUUAGCAUCUUCCCCAUUAAUGGUUAGGGUUAGGAUUGGGGGAGGGGAAGCUGAUCCUAGAUCUGUACCUAGGGAAACUACAAUCCAGAGCGUAAAUCCACCACCAAAGAUCAGAGUCAUUUACAUGCAUAUGGCUGUGUGAUAUGUUUAUACCGGUAGCUAUAAAAGUGUACAUUGUAUACCUGUGUAAGUACAAGAUAAAUCCCUGAUUCCCCCUACCAGCCGUAGAACACUGGGACAGCACCUGGGACAGGUCUUUGUAUGAAUGUGCGCAUACCAGCCCACUAAACAUAAGCACACUGCUUUGAUUAGCACACUGGUUUGAUUAGCACAGUGGUCUUCAAACCUCACCUCGCGGACACCCAGACGUUUCACAAUUUUGUUGUAGCUCUGAACUAGCUCCCCUGAUUGACCUAGUCCACAUAUUUAGCAGAUGUUAUUGUGUGAAAUGUGUAGUGUAGUGAAAUGCUUCUGUUCCUAGCUCCAACAGUGCAGUAAUAUCUAACAAUACACACAAACCUAAAAGUAAAAGAAUGGAAUUAUAAUGUGAGAAAUAACACAAAAAAACAAAACAUACUGCAAAGUUGCUAGAAACAGUGUGGCCAUGUCUACCGGCUCCAUCUUAUCGGGUAUGCUAGCUCUGAAGUAGAUCAAAGACAUGGAACGGCUGGGGGUCCCAGAGGAGAGGUUGGAAAACCGCUGGAUUAGCACACUGCCUUGACAGGGCCCUGCUGGUACAUUUACAUUUUAGCAGAUGCUCUUAUCCAGUGCGACUUACAGUUAGUGAGUGCAUACAUUAUUUAUUUUUAUUAUUCAUACUGUCCCCCCAUGGGAAUCGAACCCACAACCCUGGCGUUGCAAACGCCAUGCUCUACCAACUGAGCUACAUCCUGCAUGGGUCACUUACACUGAAACUCACUCGAAACAGUUUCUUCACAGAUUGCAGCCCUGGAGUCUGAGCUGAUGCAACUGAUGAAACAAAAUGGCAUCCAGGUGAACAACAACAACAACAGUGCCCAACAGAGUCCUGGGAAGGCCGGUCCUGCCAGAGGUGAGUCUCAGGGAGAUUGGGAGAUACAGAAAUACGCUGCUUACACUACUACAAUUAUAGCAAUCUUCCUCCACAGGCAGUAAUACCCCACACUGUGGUAAUAUAAUACACAUUACUGGUCAUAUUCAGAAAGUAUCUGCCUGUCUUGUUCUGGCCUGUUCAACAUUGCUGCUGUUAAAAUGGAUUGGAGAGUUUGUUUCAAGGACGAUAUAAGCUUUUUGUGCAUAUCGAACAUUUCUGGGGGGAAAAAUUCAGCUCAUGAAACAUUGGACAAACACUUUAUAUGUUGCGUUUAUAUUUUUGUUCGGUGUAUAUCUAUAUCAUUUACCUCUCUACAUCUACAGUACCAGUCAAAAGUUUGGACACACCUACUCAUUCAAGGGUUUUGGUUUAAUUUUUACUAUUUUCUACAUUGUAGAAUAAUAGUGAAGACAUCAAAACUAUGAAAUAACACAUAUGGAAUCAUGGAGUAACCAAAAAAGUGUUAAACAAAUCCAAAUGUAUUUUAUAUGUGAGAUUCUUCAAUGUAGCCACCCUUUGCCUUGAUGACAGCUUUGCACACUCUUGGCAUUCGCUCAACCAGCUUCACCUGGAAUGCUUUUCCAACAGUCUUGAAGGAGUUCCCACAUAUGCUGAGCACUUGUUGGCUACUUUUCCUUCACUCUGCAGUCCAACUCAUCCCAAACCAUCUCAAUUGGGUUGAGGUCGGGAGAUUGUGGAGGCCAGGUCAUCUGAUGCAGCACUCCAUCACUCUCCUUCUUGGUCAAAUAGCCCUUACACAGCCUGUUGAAAAAUAAAUGAUAGUCCCACUAAGCACAAACCAGAUGGGAUGGCAUAUCACUGCAGAAUGCUGUGGUAGCCAUUCUGGUUAAGUGUGCCUUGAAUUCUAAAUAAAUCACUGACAGUGUCACCAGCAAAGUACCCCCACACCAUCACACCUCCUCCUCCAUGCUUCACAGUGGGAACCACACAUGCGGAGAUCAUCCGUUCACCUACUCUGCUUCCCACAAAGAGACGGUGUUUGGAAUAAAAAUCUCACAUUUGGACUCAUCAGACCAAAGAUCAAAUUUCCACCUGUCUAAUGUCCAUUGCUCGUGUUUCUUGGCCCAAGCAAGUCUCUUCUUCUUAUUGGUGUCCUUUAGUAGUGGUUUCUUUGCAGCAAUUCGACCAUGAAGGCCUGAUUCACACAUUCUCCUCUGAACAGUUGAUGUUGAGAUGUGUCUGUUACUUGAACUCUGUGAAGCAUUUAUUUGGGCUGCAAUUUCUGAGGCUGGUAACUCUAAUGAACUUAUCUUCUGCAGCAGAGAUAACUCUGGGUCUUCCUUUCCUGUGGCGGUCCUCAUGAGAGCCAGUUUCAUCAUAGAGCUUGAUUAAAUUUUCCGUAUUGACUGACCUUCCUGUCUUAAAGUAAUGAUAGACUGUCAUUCCUCUUUGUUUAUUUGAGCUGUUCUUGCCAUAAAUGGACUUGGUCUUUUACCAAAUAAGGCUAUCUUCUGUAUACCACCCCUACCUUGUCACAACACAACUGAUUGGCUCAAAUGCAUUAAGAAGGAAAUUCCACAAAUUAACUUUUAACAAGGCACACCUGUUAAUUGAAAUGCAUUCCAAGUGACUACCUCAUGAAGCUGGUUGAGAGAAUGCCAAGAGUGUGCAAAGCUGUCCAUCAAGGCAAAGGGUGGCUACUUUGAAGAAUCUCAAAUAUAAAAUAUAUUUUGGUUUGUUUAACACUUUUUUGGUUAGUACAUGAUUCCAUAUGUGUUAUUUCAUAGUUUUGAUGUCUUCACUAUUAUUCUACAAUGUAGAAAAUAGUAAAAAUAAAGCAAAACCCUUGAAUGAGUAGGUGUGUCCAAACUUUUGACUGGUACUGUAUAUCUAUAUAAUUUACCCCUUUACAAUCCACAUCUAUGUCAUUUACAUCUCUACAUCUACAUCUAUAUAAUUUACCUUUCUCUACAUCUAUAUCGAAAUAAUUGACCUCUCUCUACAUCUACAGUGGCUUGCGAAAGUAUUGACCCCCUUGGCAUUUUUCCUAUUUUGUUGCCUUACAACCUGGAAUUAAAAUGGAUUUUUUGGGUGUUUGUAUCAUUUGAUUUACACAACAUGCCUACCACUUUACUUUGAAGAUACAAAAUAUUUUAUAUUGUGAAACAAACAGGAAAUAAGACAAAAAAACAGAGAACUUGAGCGUGCAUAACUAUUCACCCCCCCAAAGUCAAUACUUUGUAAAGCCACCUUUUGCAGCAAUUACAGAUGCAAGUCUCUUGGGGUAUGUCUGUAUAAGCUUGGGACAUCUAGCCACUGGGAUUUUUGCCCAUUCUUCAAGGCAAAACUGCUCCAGCUCCUUCAAGUUGGAUGGGUUCCGCUGGUGUACAGCAAUCUUUAAGUCAUGCCACAGAUUCUCAAUUGGAUUGAGGUCUGGGCUUUGACUAGGCCAUUCCAAGACAUUUAAAUAUUUCCCCUUAAACAACUCGAGUGUUGCUUUAGCAGUAUGCUUAGGGUCAUUGUCCUGCUGGAAGGUGAACGUCUCAGUCUCAAAUCUCUGGAAGACUGAAACAGGUUUUCCUCAAGAAUUUCCCUGUAUUUAGCGCCAUCCAUCAUUCCUUCAAUUCUGACCAGUUUCCCAGUCCCUGCCGAUGAAAAACAUGGUGUUCUCGGGGUGAUGAGAGGUUUGUUGUGGUGCCAUAUUCUUUCAAUUUUUUAAUAAUGGAUUUAAUGGUGCUCCGUGGGAUGUUCAAAGUUUCUAAUAUUUUUUUAUAACCCAACCCUUAUCUGUACUUCUCCACAACUUUGUCCCUGACCUGUUUGGAGAGCUCCUUGGUCUUCAUGGUGCCGCUUGCUUGGUGGUGCCCCUUGCUUAGUGGUGUUGCAGACUCUGGGGCCUUUCAGAACAGGUGUAUAUAUACUGAGAUCAUGUGACACUUAGAUUGCACACAGGUGGACUUUAUUUAACUAAUUAUGUGACUUCUGAAGGUAAUUGGUUGCACCAGAUCUUAUUUAGGGGCUUCAUAGCAAAGGGGGUGAAUACAUAUGCACGCACCACUUUUCCGUUAUUUAUCUUUUAGAAUUUUUUGAAACAAGUAAUUUUUUUCAUUUCACUUCACCAAUUUUGACUAUUUUGUGUAUGUCCAUUACAUGAAAUCCAAAUAAAAAUCAAUUUAAAUUACAGGUUGUAAUGCAACAAAAUAGGAAAAACGCCAAGGAGGAUGAAUACUUUUGCAAGGCACUGUAUAUCUAUAUAAUUCAUUAUAUAUAGUGCACUACUUAAUUAUAUAAGUAGUGCACUAUAUAGGGAAUAGGGUUCCAUUUGGGAUGCAAACUGUGUAGAUGAUGCAUUGUUAAUAGCAUGUACUGUGAGGGAGAUUCAGGACACUAUUUCCAUAAAUGUUAUUGCCAAUGCAACAAGGACAGCUUGUCCCACCAUCACAAUGUCCCUGCCUUAGCUAUAAGUCUCUAUCAGGGUAUUUCAAUAGAUGGCAAUGGAGGCUGUAGAGAGAAAUGACAUAUCCUUAGGAGGGGUUGAUGUGUGAGUGUCACUCAAACCCUGAGAUACACCCUACAUCUCUCCUAUUUGCUCCUUUCCUAUUUCCUAUGCCCUCAAACUCUGCUGUUAUUGCUUUAGUAAGGACAUGGAGGGGCAAACAAGGACUGUGUCUGACUCCAAAUGUAAUUUGGGAUGUAGCUUGUGUUACUGCAUACUGUCAACACUAGCUCCAAGACAUACAGUACCCAAAGGCUUGAGAUUUGUCCUUGGAUUAAAGCUUGUUUUGCUUGUUGCUCCUUUUUUGUAAAUCCCUCUUACUCUUUUUUGUCACUGUGCAUUACCUCUGAAUGCACUUUGAACUUUGACCUCGUACUCCAAUGCCACUUCACUAAACAAACAAACACAAACAAAUUCUGUCCGUAACACGUAAACACACAUUUUUACAUUUUUUUAAACUUUUUUAGUCAUUUAGCAGACGCUCUUAUCCAGAGCGACUUACAGUUAGUGCAUACAUUAUUCUUUUUGUUCAUUUUUUUUUUUUUCUUUUUUUUUCAUACUGGCCCCCCGUGGGAAUCGAACCCACAACCCUGGUGUUGCAAACGCCAUGCUCUAUCAACUGAGCUACCUCCCUGCCGGCCAUUCCCUCCCCUACCCUGGACGACGCUGGGCCAAAUUGUGCGCCGCCCCAUUGGUCUCCCGGUUGCGGCCGGCUACAGCAGAGCCUGGAUUCGAACCAGGAUCUCUAGUGGCACAGCUAGCACUGCGAUGCAGUGCCUUAGACCACUGUGGCGCACGUCUGGGUUUUGGGCUAUUGCCUAUGGGCCCUGAAAAAAAGUAGCGCACUAUGUAGGGAAUAGGAUUCCAUUUGGGACGUGAACUUUCACUGUUCUUUUUUUCUUCAGGGCUCCUCUGGCUUUUCUUCCAGGCCCAGUCUAUUAUAAUGGAUUAUACUGGCCCUUGAUCUGCUAUCUCCAUAACUGGCCUAAUAAGGGGACAAUGGGCAGUCUCUGAAUACUGAUCCAGAUCUGGAGAGACUGAAUGAGGCAGUUCAAUAAGAAAUAUCAGGAAGAGAGGGAGAGAGAGGGGGAGGGAGGGAAAGGGGGAGGGGGAGAGAGAGAGGCAGAACUUGAGGGAGAGCAGGGGCGAGAGGAAGAGUGAGGAAUUACCUCUGACAUGAUGACAACAGGUGCUCCUUCUGUGGCGUUCUGUGUUGUUGUGUGUAGCUAGACAUACGGUUCAUACAAUUUUGUAGAUCUACAUUUAAAUAGGACCUGAUGACAAACCGUCUCUCUUUUAUCACAGAUUAGGUUCAUAUACAUUUUCAUGUAAUUCUAAAGCAAGUGGAUCUUUAUUAGCCUGGUCCCAGAUAUGUUUGUGCUAUCAUGCCAACUCCUUGUCAUGACAUGAUAGCACAAACCGAUCUGGGAUCAGGCUAGACCUAUAUGACUGUUGAACACAUGUAACUAAGGAUGGUUGUGUUGUGUGUGUUGUUCCAGAGCUGAAUGAGGAGGUUCCCCACACUGGUAGCAGACAGAGCCUCUCCAGAGGACGACUACAGGACAGCAUCAGCUCUGCAGAGGGAGAGGUUAGUAUGGACACACACACACGCAUGGUGAAUGCACACACACACAAUCAAACACACAAAGAGCACCUGUUCUGGUGAUUCACACACACUCACACCCUUUUAAUAUCCACAAAAAUGAUAAUAUUUUCUGCUAUAAUCACCACCAGAUGUUGUAUCAACAUCACUCAUUGAAAAUGAAUUGAACUGUUUUCACAUUUAUAUGUUUUAUUUAAAGUUAAUUACACUGAUAGUGUUUGUUUGGUUAGCCCUGUCCGUCCUCUGACCUAAUAAAAAAGCCUUUAUGUAAUUUGCUGGCUAUGAGUGGGUGCCCUGCGGCACACUAAUUUAAUCCUGAGUGGUGGCAAAGCCUAUUCUCCCUCCUUAAUGAGAUAAUUGCUGGUAAAGUCAACUUCGGAAAACACUCUUUCCCAGUUAUAAGAUCUGUCCCUUACUCAGCAAAAAUAAUGAACAAGGCUUUGUCCCAAAUUCCAUCCUAUUCCCUUUAUAGUGCACUACUAGUGUACUAUAUAGGGAAUAGGGUGCCAUUUGUAACGCAGCCCAGGACUAUAGGCUUAGAAAGCCAAGGAGACAGACAGUCACCAGACACUAUACUGGAGGAAAUCAUGCAAUUAGUGUGUAACCUUUACUACGGGAAGAUAACGACCUCAGGAUAAUGGUACAGAGAGAGAGAGAGAGAGAGGGAGGGAGGAAGGGAGGGAGGGAGGGAGGGAGGGAGGGAGGGGGGGGAGGGAGGGAGGGAGAGGACAUGUUUCAUUUACAGAGCUAGGUGGCUGUCAGGUGCCUUAGGGUGAACUGUCUCAGUGGCUCUCUUUUUUUGAUAGCAUUGUUAAAGUAAAUAUCUCUCGCUCUCUCUCUCUCUCUCUCUCUCUCUCUCUCUCUCUCUCUCUCUCUCUCUAUCUAUCCCUCCUUCCAUGUUCCUCCCUCCCUCCCUGCCUCCCUCCUUCUCACUCUGUCCCCCCUUCUCACCUCUCCCUCUCCCUCUCUCUCUCUACAGGCAUCAGAGUGUCCUGGCAGUACUCGUUCGUCCAUCCGGAGUGCAGCCUCCAGGGCCCCUGGCAGUGCUGAGGGCUCCCCCAGACACACCCUCUUCCAGCAGGCUGCAGACAACGACGGUCAGUGUAGAACCUCAUCAUGAAACAUUUAAUUGUUCAUCAAGCGGCCUCAUGUUAUAGAUACAGGAGAUAGUCUCCUGCCCUAUUGGCCAUUCUGGCUUGGACAAAUCUUACUUACUUACCCUAAACUAUUUUACUUGUCGUUUUUUAAGUAAAGUGUUACCCACAUGUUUAAGGCUAGCAUCUCAAGAAUAUGAAUGUGGAACCCGAAUUAUCGCGCAGAUCUCCCAUUGUCUUCAAUAAUGAUUUACAAGAAAGUCACAUGCUUGAUUCCAAUGUAGGUUAUCACUAUCUUUUGCUGUAUGUUUGCAUAUAUUUGCUGGACCUCUCUGAUGAUGUGUGCAGGGUCUCAGUCUCCUGUGGUGUCCAGCCCCUCUCUCAGCCUGGAGGAGAAGACCACCAGCAGAGGUCUGGACCCACUUAGACCAAACAAAGGGAAGGACCCCAGAAGCUCACCUGGAAACAGGUGCUAACCACCUCUCUGCCACUGUGUUCCUCUGACUCCAGGGUGAAGUUUCCCCUAAGUACAGAUCUAGGAUCAGCUUCCCCUCCCCCAAUCCUAACAUUGCUAAACUGACCCCAGAUGAGCGUCUAGAGGUUACUACCCGUUCCUCUGACUGCUGUGCUGCUAGAUACUGUAUACUUAGACUGGCUCAGAUCCAUACUGAGGGCUUACUCUAGGAUGUUUUCCAGCUGUUGCAGACCGUGUGUGUGUUUGUUUGUCUGUGUCUGCGACUGGUCAUCUAAAUCCCCACUGUGGGUCAGACUCUGAGACUGUCUGUAUGACUGAGUGAGGCUGACUGGUUGGCUGGAAGCAGCUGCUGUGACUGUCUGUAUGACUGAGUGAGGCUGACUCUGGUUGGCUGGAAGCAGCUGCUGUGACUGUCUGUAUGACUGAGUGAGGCUGACUCUGGUUGGCUGGAAGCAGCUGCUGUGACUGUCUGUAUGACUGAGUGAGGCUGACUCUGGUUGGCUGGAAGCAGCUGCUGUGACUGUCUGUAUGACUGAGUGAGGCUGACUCUGGUUGGCUGGAAGCAGCUGCUGUGAUUGAAGACAGCAACGCAGCUGGGACUCCUACACAACACACAGGGGUCACUGCACACCCAUCCCACCAAACCCACCCCUCUAUCCCACCAAACCCACCCCUCUAUCCCACCAAACCCACCCCUCUAUCCCACCAAACCCACCCCUCCAUCCCACCAAAACGACCCUUCCCUCCAUAAACCCCUUCAACCCAUUAACUUACCCCCCACCCCUCUGCCGCACUAACACCAUUCUUGAUCAGGCAGGGGUCUGUCUGUGGAACUAUCCAUGAACACAUCACUGAUGCAGGAGUAGCCUAUGCUUGCUGCUUGCUCAAUGGCUGUGGAUGAUAAGAGAGCGCUAUACCACAAACAGACAUGCACACAGGCACACACACACACACACACACACACACACACACACACACACAGUAUUCAGGUUUUGUGUUUAGUAGAUUCAUUUCUGUGUGACUCAGUCGUGGAUCAGAGAGAGGUCAAUGAGUCCGCCUCACCUCCAACACUGCCUGGGUCAGUUCACUACGUGUCCAGCCCUGUUAUCCUCAGAGAGGAGUAAAAAGUAACAGCUUGAUAACUGCCUGAACCUGUCUGGUUUCUCCUUUGACAAUUUGUUCUUCUCUCUGGAGAAGCGUUUUACUGGUUUUAAUGUUUAGUAAAUCUGGCCUUGUGUCUAUAGUUGUUUUCUACCAACAUAACAGUCUGUCUCUCUCUACUAACCCAUGUCUCUUCUCCCCAGUUCUACAGAGCCCUCUGCUGAGAAUAGCCCAGAGAAACUCAAGGCCAAGGUAUGUGUGUGAAGAGAACCCCAAUGUACACAGUAAACAGGAACAGGGCAUCUCCAUGGUAAUACAUAUUGACAGUGCUCCCUGUAGUGUGCUAAUGCAUAUUAUUAUAUAAUACCUGUAGGUUAUUGUGUUGCAUUAUGUGUGUUUUUCUGUCUGGUUCUGAUGCCUUUCUGUUUAACAGAAAUCUAGUACAUGGCCACACUUCUUCUCCUAUUCAUAUUACUUGGUAAUGUAUUUGUAUUUUUUUGCUCCAAUCAUACCCAAUCAAAAAUAAUACAAACAAUUACUGCACGUAGCAGGGUAUGAAGCAGUCUGAUUAGCAUAUUCUUAAUGCACUUGUUAUUGAAGUUAAUUUCAGUAAUUUGCACAAAUUUAGAAGGUGUAUUGGAUUAGAAUAAUUAAAUUAAAUCAAAUGGAAAUCAGACCAGUAAUUCAUAAUUCCUUCAAGGGUUUGAAUCAUCAUAACUCAUUUAUUUAGUUAUUAUAAUUUCAAAGGUUGGGUUUUAGCAUAACGGCAUUUCUCUUUUAAUCACAUAACCUGGCGCUCACUUUGUGACUGAUUAUGUUUGAUUUGUCCAUAGUAAUUAAUGAAUUACAUAUUCUCUAGCCACUGAUGUUAUUAAUCAAGCUAUAGCAAUGGGGAAAUCCCUUCAAGUGUACAAAACAUUAUGAACAGCUGCUCUUUCCAUGACAUAUACUGAUCAGGUGAAUCCAGGUGAAAGCUAUGAUCACUUAUUAAAUCCUUUUCAAUCAGUGUAGCUGAAGGGGAGGAGACAGGUUAAAGAGGGAUUUUUAAGCCUUCAGACAAUUGAGACAUGGAUUGUGUGUGUGCCAUUCAGAGGGUGAAUGGGCAAGACAAAAUAUUUAAGUGCCUUUGAACUGGGUAUGAUAGUAGGUGCCAUGCGUACCAGUUUGAGUGUGUCAAGAACUGCAACGCUGCUGGGUUUUUCACACUCAACAGUUUCCUGUGUGUAUCAAGAAUGGUCCACCUCCCAAAGGACAUCCAGCCAACUUGACACAACUGUGGGAAGCAUUGGAGUCAACAUGGGCCAGCAUCCCUGUGGAACACUUUCGGCACCUUGUAGUCCAUGCCCCGACGAAUUCAGGCUGUUCUGAGGGCAAAAGGGGGUGCAACUCAAUAUUAGGAAGGUGUUCCUAAUGUUUUGUACACUCAGUGUACAAUAUCCAAUGUCUUCCAUAGUACCUAGUCUUUCAUCCCUGAUACAUAACCCUAAGGGAGGUAAAUGUUGAAGUGCUGUGUCUCUCUCUUCUCACAAACCUCAAGGCUGCACACCAAUGAAUUAGUAAUAGAUAGUGUGAAUCAAGCUUUUCACCUAAAAAAAGGACCAGAGAGAUACUGUAGGUGCAGCUAGUUUCCCAGCUCAGUGGAUCCAAUCUGGCCACAGGCAAGAUAAUCAGACAGACUUAUAUCACAAUACUCAGACCAAAAGGAAGGUUAUGUUUGUGCUGACAUCAAAUGACGGCUAUAGCUGACACCAGGUUUUUUCAAGCCUCCACAUGGCUUGUUGACUAAGGAACACCCACCUGGGGCGGUUAGGUAGGUAGAUAGAUAGGUAGGUCGGGCCAGCUGUAAGCUUCAGAGAUUAAGAUGCCCCAGUCUGUCUGCCAGACAGCGUUUAUUAUUGUUAUCACUGGGGAUAGAGAGAACUACUGAGGUCUCACAGGUAAACACACACACAUAAACACACAUGCCCGUGCACAUGAGCGUUCACACACAAACAUAUGCAUGCACAGCCAGACAAACAUACACACACACACACACACACUCACACACACACUGCAGGGUCAAGAUGACUGAGCUCAGAUACAGAUCCGCAGACAGCAACUCAAACCACAGUAAAAUGACACAUUCCAUUUCAUUAUGCAGUAUAAUAUUUAAGUUCUAUUUAAUUGCAUCACAUACAGUACAUGUUUGAUCAUUGAUUAAUACAAUACGUCUCUGAAUCAGCCAUAGGUGUGCGAAUAUUCUCUUUCUGGGUUUAUGUUAGAGGCCCUCUAGUAUAUUCCCUCUUAAUUAUGAAAUCAUUGAUUGAAGUAAUCAAUCAGCAGCACAUUACUUCAACAAUGGCAUUUAUUAGCUGUAGAUUAAAAACAUCAUACAACAAAAAUGGCUUUGUGUUGAGAGGGGAAUACAAUGUAACAGACCUUGAAAUGAACUGAGAUAGACUAUAGCCAGACAUAGUCUGUGUCUGAAAUGGCAGCCUAUUCCCCACUACUUUUGACCAGGGCCCAUAGGGCACUUUAUAGGGAAUAGGCUGCCAUUUUGGAUGUAGACAAUGUUUUGACUAAGGUCUGAUAGACUUCUGCAUGGUGUUGUUCUCCAUAGGGUCCUGUGGUGAAGGAUGAUCUGAGUGCCAGCAGUAGCAGCUCAGGGGAGGUCUGUGGUCUGCUGACUGAAGCCAAGAUGUCCGGUCGCUCACACACCCUGGUGCUCUCCUCAGACGAGGUGAGAAACAAGGAUUUGCUCUCACAUAAAAAAUCGACCUAGUAUCAACAAUCACUAGUUAUUCAACCUAAAAUGUAAAAGAAUGUGAGUAAAAAAUUAAGAAAAAAGGGACCUAUAUUUCACCGUAUAGUGCUCCUGUCCUGUCAUGCCGAAUAACCUCUGGUUGCCAAGUGUCCGGAAUGUGUAACAAUGGUGUUCAAAUGGCCUAUUCCAUGUUUAAUUCCUUACAACUUAUAUUCUAUUUAACUAUCUUUGAUGUUAGCAACUGUAGCUUCGCUUGUCGGCCAUUUUGGAUCUUGUAUGUACCCUGUAGGAUUGUAAGUCCCCUGUAGCUCAGUUGGUAGAGCAUGGUGCUUGCAACGCCAGGGUUGUGGGUUCGUUUCCCACGGGGGGCCAGUAUGAAAUGUAUGCACUCACUAACUGUAAGUCGCUCUGGAUAAGAGCGUCUGCUAAAUGACGUAAAUGUAAAGGGCACCAUUGUGUGCCCUGACCUGCUGCUGCUGUGGUAACAAAGUGUCCUGUCCUGUUGUCCUCUGUGCUGCCAUGUUCAGAGUCUGGAUAUGAUAGACGACGAGGUGAGAUCUGGCUCUGAGUGGCCACCAAGGAAGCCUGAAAAACCAAACAUUAUGCAUGCUCCCCAUACUGUCUACCUAGCCUGCAAAAAGCCUGUGUUUACAUCACAUGGCUGCUUACCCAUUAGUCUAAACCGCUCAUCUGUUUUUCAUAAACCUCUAUUGAAGUGCAUGUCUCAAAUGGGUCUUCAGCAUUCUCUCAGCUUCUAUUCUAGACAUUUAGAAAUGAUUCAUUUGAAAUCACCCAUCUCGAUGUGUGCUCUCUCGGCACAGCAUGUGGGGAAAGAUAUCAUGGGUUUAGAGAGGUUCUAUUUAACCUCUUAACUUCUGAUUGUGUCUGUGUGUCUCUGUCUCUGUGUGUGUCUAGAUCCUAGAUGAGGGCCAGUGCCCCAAGCAGCACCAGUGGCAGAAUCUCAGUGUGACAGAGUGGACCUCCCAGCAGGUGUCUCGCUGGCUCAUGGGACUAAACCUGGAGCAGUACAUCCCAGAGUUCACGGUCAAGAAUGUGGACGGAGACCAGCUACUGCAGCUGGACAGUACUGAGCUCAAGGUGAAGGACUGAAGCCUGUGUUAAUGUGUAUAUCCAGCUGGGUUGGUCACUUCGGGAUUCAACCCUAAGUGCAUUAUAGAGCACCAAACUAUACAGCCGACAAUGCACCUUUUAAAUGCAUGUUCCCCGACGUUCGCGGAGAUCACACUCAUGGUAAACUCUGCAUGUCAGUUCAAGCCUAAAAAGUCCUGGCCUUAGUUACUAGUUAGUUACUAGUAUCACCUUGUUUACAUAUUCUCAUUGUUGCCAGGGUGUUUGGUGUAACCCGUCAAGCUAACGUUUUGAUAUAGUAAUUGAUUCUGAGUACAUUUCAGUCAUUGCCUUCUAUAGUUGCCCUGAAACUUUGGGCCAAUAUACAGUACCAGUCAAAAGCUUGGACACACCUACUCAUUCCAGGGUUUUUCUUUGUAGAAUAAUAGUGAAGACAUCAAAACUAUGAAAUAACACAUAUGGAAUCAUGUAGUAACCAUAAAAGUGUUGAUGUGUUUGCCUUGAUGAAAGCUUUGCACACUCUUGGCAUUCUCUCAACCAGCUUCAUGAGGUAGUCACCUGUAAUGCACCUUAAAAGUUAAUUUGUGGAAUUUCUUUCCUUCUUAAUGCGUUUGAGCCAAUCAGUUGUGUUGUGACAAGGUAGGGGGUGUAUACAGAAGAUAGCCCUAUUUGGUAAAAUAGUCCAUAUUAUGGCAAGAACAGCUCAAAUAAGCAAAGAGAAAUGACAGUCCAUCAUUACUUUAAGACAUGAAGGUCAGUCAAUACGGAACAUUUCAAGAACUUUGAAAGUUUCCACAAAUGCAGUCGCAAAAACCAUCAAGCACUAUGAUGAAACUGGCUCUCAUGAGGACCGCCACAGGAAAGGAAGACCCACAGUUACCUCUGCUGCAGAGGAUAAGUUCAUUGGAGAUACCAGCCUCAGAAAUUGCAGCCCAAAUAAAUUCUUCACAGAGUUCAAGUAACAGACACAUCUCAACAUCAACUGUUCAGAGGAGAAUGUGUGAAUCAGGCCUUCAUGGUCGAAUUGCUGCAAAGAAACCACUACUAAAAGAAACCAAUAAGAAGAAGAGACUUGCGUGGGCCAAGAAACACGAGCAAUGGACAUUAGACCGGUGGAAAUCUGUCCUUUGGUCUGAUGAGUCAAAAUUUUUGAUUUUUGGUUCCAACCGCCGUGUCUUUGUGAGACGCAGAGUAGGUGAACGGAUGAUUUCCGCAUCUGUGGUUCCCGCCGUGAAGCAUGGAGGAGGAGGUGUGAUGGGGUGGGGGUGCUUUGCUGGUGACACCGUCUGUGAUUUAUUUAGAAUUCAAGGCACACUUAACCAGCAUGGCUACCACAGCAUUCUGACGUGACACGCCAUCCCAUCUGGUUUGCGCUUAGUGGGACUAAUUUGUUUUUCAACAGGACAAUGACCCAACACACCUCCAGGCUGUGUAAGGGCUAUUUGACCAAGAAGGAGAGUGAUGGAGUGCUGCAUCAGAUGACCUGGCCUCCACAAUCACCCGACCUCAACCAAAUUGAGGUGGUUUGGGAUGGAUUGGACCACAGAGUGAAGGAAAAGCAGCCAACAAGUGCUCAGCAUAUGUGGGAACUCCUUCAAGACUGUUGGAAAAGCAUUCCAGGUGAAGCUGGUUGAGAGAAUGCCAAGAGUGUGCGAAGCUGUCAUCAAGGCAAAGGGUGGCUACUUUGAAGAAUCUAAAAUAUAAAAAAUAUUUUAAUUUGUUUAAUGUGUUAUUUCAUAGUUUUGAUGUCUUCACUAUUAUUCUACAAUGUAGAAAGUACAAAUAAAGAAAAACCCUUGAAUGAGUAGGUGUGUCCAAACUUUUGACUUGUACUGUAUAUAUACUGAAAUUGUUACAACUCCUGUUAUAUUUGUUUUGAUCAUAGCUGCCGAGUUUUAUUCCAUGGACUUGAUUUCCCUUACUGAUAUGCUCCUGUUCACUCACAUCCCCCCAUCUCUGACCCCUGUCCUGUGUGUGUGUGUGUGUGUGUGUGUGUGUGUGUGUGUGUGUGUGUGUGUGUGUGUGUGUGUGUGUGUGAGUGUGUGAGUGUGUGUGUGUGUGUGUGAGUGUGUGAGUGUGUGAGUGUGUGUGUGUGUGUGUGUGUGGUGUGUGUGUGUGUGUGUGUGUGUGUGUGUGUGUGUGUGUGUGUGUGUGUGUGUGUGUGUGCGAGCGUGUGGUGUGUGUAUGUACAGACCCUUGGCGUUGCCUCCUUCCAGGACCGGGCUCUGAUCAAGAAGAAGGUGAAGGACCUCAAGGUCCUGAUGGAGAAGGCUCGGAGGAACCGGCAGAAACUGGACAAACAGCGAGAGAAGCUCCGCAAGAAAGAGCUUGAGCAGCAACAGAAACAAGCCCACAAACCCAGCAGCAAGGGCCACUCCGAAACAGCAGAGGGCGCAGCAGAGUAACCCACGCCUUUAAGACCUACCUCUCCUUGUCUUUCUACCGACCACGGGUACAAAGUAACAUCUCCAGGGAUAGAAGCAGUCAACAGAACCACUGAGCUGAUAUACCAGAGGUAUAUGUGAUAUGUCUAUGAUUAGAACACCUAACAGGGCUUGAGUUCAGGCUGUGGAGUCCACUACUACUGGAGGCUGUCGAGCUACUGUACCACCGAACAGAUAAUUCUGAAAUGAGCAGACAGUUGGAAAGAUGCUGCCCACCCACUCGUCUGCCUCUCACCUCAUUGUACAUCCUCGUAGUGUUUCCAAACCUCCUGCUCCAUUACAUUCUAUUUAUUUUGCUGUAAUUUAGAUGUAUUUAUUCACUCUGAGUAUCUUUUUAAAGGUCUUCAUCUUGAGACAUAUCACACCUGUCUGUGGUCCUCCUCUUUCUAUGAUGUGUUAUACAGUUGAAGUUGGAAGUUUACAUACACUUAG